AUAUAGGGAGUGCUGAUGAUUGAUAACGAAGUCCAGUUGGUGGCGGUAAUACACCUUAAGUUGGCUUGUCAACAGCCAUUAAACGGUACAAGAAGAAGAAGCCUUCGAAAUGAGACGCAGGCUGAUAAUAACACUGCGCAUGCGCGGCUCAACACCACAACUACAGCAUGGCUGAGCCUGGGCAGAAACACGCGUUGGAGAUGGCAAGUACGGACAGAUGGAGCAGAUGAGGGUUGUGUGACGUUUGUGCUCCACGAAGAGGACCACACACUCGGCAACUCGCUCAGAUACAUGAUCAUGAAGAGUCAGGAUGUGGAAUUCUGUGGAUACAGCAUCACACACCCAUCAGAAAGCAAAAUCAACUUUCGGAUACAGACGCGAGAAGGAAUUCCAGCAUCUGAACCUCUGCGCAAUGGCCUGAACAACCUGACUGAAGUGUGCAAACAUGUCUUGCAAACAUUUGAGGCACGGAUGAAAGCGUUCAAGGAAAAAGAAGAAUUGAUGGCAUAAAGAUCAACACUUGUACAGUGCCGGACAUUGAUUUGCUGAUCCAGCUUCCUCAGGAUUAAAGAAUGUAGAAGCUUUAGGAAGGAAUGGAAUGUGUAGGUCUCGAGUAAAUGACAGUCCAACACGUUCUUGGCAGUACAAUACUUAUGUAUUUGUUUGAAUUUGUAUAUUUAUGUGAUUAUCCUUUUUUUUUUUUUUUUUUUUUUUUUUUUUUUUUUUUUGUGAGUACAUGAACAUUGGUAAAUAAUGCCAGUGCACUAAAAAAAAGUUUCAGUACCUAUAGCAACAGUAAAUAUCCAGUAAAAAAAAAAAUAACUAUGAAUGAAAAUAGUUAUAAAAUGAUUCAGGAUGUGUUUUAAAAUGAUGCAAGUAAUGCAUUUACAAAUAUAAAAAUCACAGACAAAAUGUAUUAGAUUAAUAUUAAUCAGCAGUGUUUAAAAAUGAUACAUCAAAUAAGUGAUACAUGUGCUUUGAUCUCUCAUUUUUCAUUUUGAUAUUGCAUUCCUGAACAAUAAAAACAGUAUAUAUGUAA